AAGGCCCAUUCAUAGUACUAGGUUUCCUAAUUACAAAACCCUAAUUUCUGCCGUGUUUCGCAUUCUCCACCGGGAGACAGGCCAGAAUCAAUCAAAAUGGCGAUCUACAGGUUCCGUCAGUACCAGGUGGUGGGGAGAGCUCUGCCGACGGAGACGGAGGAGCAUCCUAAGAUCUACCGCAUGAAGCUUUGGGCUACCAAUGAGGUUCGCGCCAAGUCCAAAUUCUGGUAUUUCUUGAGGAAGCUUAAGAAGGUGAAGAAGAGUAACGGUCAGAUUCUUGCCAUCAAUGAGAUCUUUGAGAAGAACCCAACCACAAUUAAGAAUUAUGGGAUCUGGCUGCGAUACCAAAGUAGAACUGGUUAUCACAACAUGUACAAGGAGUAUCGAGAUACAACCCUGAAUGGUGCUGUUGAGCAGAUGUACACUGAGAUGGCGUCUCGCCACAGGGUUCGUCAUCAUUGCAUCCAAAUCAUCAAGACAGCCACUAUUCCAGCUAAGCUUUGCAAGAGGGAGAGCACCAAGCAAUUUCAUGACUCAAAGAUCAAGUUCCCAUUGGUGUUCAGGAAGGUCAGGCCACCAACCAGGAAGCUCAAAACCACUUACAAAGCAUCCAGGCCCAACUUGUUUAUGUAAAUUUGCAUCUUUCAAGCUGAGUCAUUAUUUUUCUACUCUUUGAGGGGUUAAAUAUUAUUGGGAUCUUUAUCAUUUGUAGAAUUUUAACGCUAUUUUUGAGGGGCUCUAGCUGAUUUUGAGCAGCAGCAUAGAUUGUUGGUUACUUCAUGGACGCCAAGGUCCAUGAUUUAUAUUUGAAUUUUGUUCUGAUCAUUACUGGAGAUUCAUUUUCUUGUUUUA